UUUUCUGUUAUCGACUAUUGAUAGUAAUUUAUAGGCAAUCUUCAGAUUUUGACUCGCGCCACUUUCUCUCUCUCUCUCACACACACACACAGCUGAUCCAUAAAUACAGAUUCUGUCUCUAGAGCCCUGCUUCAUCUUCAAUGGUGGAGCUCCAAAAUCUCUCUCUAAGUUUGAAUGAAAUUGAGCUCAAGGGAAACAUGUUGCGCCGCUCUCCGUUUAAGCGCCCCGAAAAUGUCGGCCAGAAUUCGCUAGUCAUGAUCGCAAGCCUCUGUUUCAGUGUCUUCGUAACCGCGGUCGUGAUUUUCACCAUAAUCGCCGCGACCUACAAUUCCGACGACGCCUUCCUCCAUCCCGUCUCGGAGAUCGCGGAUUUCCUCUCGCCGGAGGCGGAUUCGACCGAUCCGGCGGGGUUCAUCGACACCAGCGACGUCGAAUCCGCGGUGGCGGAGGCAGGGUUCACGGAAUUCUCCGAAAGCCGCGGCUGCCGCGCCGACGAGCCGAUCAAUUGCCGCGAUCUCGAGGUUUUCCAUUUGAUGAUGCGCGCCGCCAUUGACAGGUUCAAGGAUGUGCAUUUCUACCGGUUCGGGAAGCCGGUGGAAGGGGAUAACGGGAGCUCCUGCCACAUGGCGUGGCGAUUUAGACCGAAAGAGGGGAAGGCGACUGGAUUUAACAAGGAUUAUCGGAGUUUUAGGGUUUUGAGGUUUGGGAACUGCACAUUGGGUGUGGUUGGGAUUGGGGAGUAUCAUUCCGGUGGAAAUGCGAGGAAGAGGAAAGGGAAGGGGAAAAUUCCAUCAAUCGCCAUGGAUAAUCUUGAGAAAACUGUGGAGUCGGAGGAAUCUUUCAGCCAUGGGAAGUACUUGGUUUAUGCAGGUGGUGGUGAGAGGUGCAAGAGCAUGAGCCACUACAUGUGGAGCUUCAUGUGUAUGUUAGGCGAGGCGGAGUUUCUCAACCGGACUCUGGUUCUCGACACGAGCAUAUGCUUGUCGAAGAUCCACUCCUCGUCUGGCGUGGACGAGGAGGGGAAGGAUUUCAGAUUCUACUUUGAUCUCGAGCACUUGAAGGAUGCCUCCUCCGUGGUUGAUCAAGCUCGUUUCUGGCCGGAGUGGAGCAAAUGGAGCGAAAAGGCCGGAUUGAAGCUCCAUCUCGUGGAGGAUUUCAGGGUCACACCGAUGAAGCUAGCUGAGGCGAGUGACAGCUUGAUCAUGAGGAAGUUUGGGGGCGUUGAGCCGGAUAACUUCUGGUUUCGGGUGUGUGAAGGUGAGGCGGAUGGCGUGAUCAAACGGCCGUGGCAUAAGGUUCACAAGUCGAGGGAGUUGAUGGAUGUGGCAUCUGGGAUUGCAUCAAGAAUGGGGUGGGAUUAUGAUGGCGUUCGCGUUGAGAGAGGGGAGAAGGCCAAGAACAAGCAACUGUGGCCUAAUCUUGAUCAUGAUACCUCACCGGAAUCUGUGAUGGCAGCUUUGAGAGGCAGGGGAGUGGGAGAUGGGAGGAAGGUUUACAUUGCUACAGACGAGGCAGACAAGUCGUUUUUUGAUCCUUUGAAGGAGAGGUAUUCGAUUCAGUUUCUUGACGAACACAGAGAUCUGUGGGGUGAGAACAGCGAUUGGUUCUACGAAACGACGAGGAUGAACAAUGGCAGCGCCCUCGAGUUUGAUGGCUACAUGAGGCAGAUUGUUGAUAAUGAAGUGUUUAUGCAGGGGAAGAAGAAGAUUGAGACGUUUAAUGAUCUCACUAAAGACUGCAGAGAUGGUAAGAACACAUGCUAGUUUGUUUCAACUUUGAAGAUAUAAAAAAUGGGGCUAUUGGUGCGCGUGCGUUGGUUAAUGCCGAAGAUUAAAGGUCUUAGUUUCGAGUUCACUUUUUCAAAAUAUUUGUUUUUGGGUAGUAGAAAAAGAAAUGAAAAAAAAAGGGAAUCUUGAUUGCUAAUCUUUUGUGUUAGCUUGUGUUAGCCUUAGCUCUCACAAGUUCCUCAGUGUUGUUAACUUUAACUUGAUGGAAAUCAGUGUUCAUUUUGGUGCA